GAGAAACGCCACCGGCGGCCAAGGACCAAUUAACAUGACGCACCGGGUACGCAUUUACGAGUGGUGUGUGUGUGUUUUUUUCCCCCACAGUAAGAAAGUCAUAUUAAGAAGAAGAUGCCGUCAAUAUCUAACACAUUUGGCUAUUGCAGAAUGCUGUAUGUUCAAAUGUAUCGCUUGUUAAAGUUGUUUUUUUUUUGUGCAAGCAUAACCGGUUCACGACGUGAUUGCCCAACAGGCACGCUGCAUGGCAGUCUGUGGCAUCGAUACUUGCACCCUCCAAGCACUCUUUCUUUGUUAAAUGUUAAUUUACAUUUUUUACAACACCUUCUAAUCACAGUACUUAAGUACUUUUACGCGACAGUUGCUUUCAUUUUAUCUACGGGGUUAAACUGCAGUCACUGUGUUGUUUUUUUCCUGAGCUGACGUAUGCAGGGAGGAGUCUCCUUCCCGGGUCAGGCUUCCAGACGGAAGACAUCCAUAUAUGGCCCAAGGAAAAAGUGACGUACGCGAGCAACACAUGAGAUGUAGGCCAAAUCCGAGUUGUUGACGUGGCCCCGUCACUUCCGGUCAUGGCGGUUAGCAAUAGUUUAGCAGCUACAGCGUCGCCAACCAGACAUAUAGCAUGGUUCCGUUUUGGUUUCUAUAAGUGUUUGUCUCAAGCCGUCUACGAAAUGGGUGGAAAUCUGGUAGCGAAAGUCAUUCGGCAUUUACGAAGAAAAAGCUCAUACCCGGAAGUUUACUGGCAGACUAACAGGAAAGUCCCGGCUCUGCCCAUACAUGGGCUUCCGUCUUGCCUUAUUUGGUAAUCUACGUCAUGACAGGAGUCUAUAUAAAGCCAGCCUCAAAGAGGACUCCUGUCGGAUCUCACGUUAAAUUCGCCGUGCGCAACAAGUGAAAACACCAACCGGAAACAAGCACUGUCAUCCCCUCAUUUACAAAAAAUAGUCACCUUAUCCGUUCACCGGGACUCUCCUUGCGAUCCCGGACCAGACCCAAACCUGCGUUGGCGUCUUCCGAGGGUCCGAGCCCCGAUAAGAAGCAAGUCCGGUACCCCCACACGGUACCUGGGCAACAGCGGAGUGCCGGUGCCCCGGAGCACCAGGAGCAGCCAAACCCCAGAGAGAUGGCCGCGACUAAAGCGGAGCUGCUCCUCUCGGCUCUGCAGAUCUCCGAGCCCUUGGCCAGCUUCCCACCUGUCUUGUCCCCGCUGGAGGGCUACCCGAAGCUGGAGGAGCUGCAGCUUCUUCUGCAGAACGCCGCCGAGGGCGGAGGGAUGCUGAGCGGGGAAAGCGGGGACUACGGAGACCUUCUGUCAGAACUGGCCGACCUGCAGAACCUCCCGCCGCUGACCCCCCGCAUACCCCCUCUAGCAUACAGCGGCCGCUUUACCUUCGAGCCGUCCUCUGCGUCCAGCGCCAGCUUGUGGCGGGAGCCUCUACUCAGCCUCUUUAGUGGUUUGGUCAGCGUCGCUGCUCCUUCUGCUCCCUCCUCUUCUUCUUCGGUGACGUCCACACUGAGCCAACCGAUUCUCAGCUGCGUCUCCACUGAUGUGGGCUCCAUUUUCUCCGUGGCACCAACAUUCACCACCGCCGCCGUCAACACCCUCGACAAUCAACCGGCUCCUUACCCAUCGCAGGGGCCUCCUCCGGCCUACCCGGCCUCUAGGCUGCCCAUGCUCCCAGAUUACAUCCUACCUCAGUCGCAGGAUGCCGAGCUCCUAAACCGGGACCGGAAGCCUGUGAUGUCACAAGGUGGGAAUCUCCCACAGCCGCCACUCACACCGCUCUCUACCAUCAAGGCCUUCUCCUCUUCACACGUGCCCAACCAGCCUCUCACCGCCCCCGCCUGCCAGCUCAGUAGACCAUGCAGGAGGAAGUUGCAGGGUAAAGCGUCCUCUCAGGAGCGUCCAUAUAUGUGCCCGGCGGAUGGUUGCGACCGCCGCUUCUCACGCUCGGACGAGCUGACCCGCCAUGUGCGGGUGCACACGGGACAGAAACCCUUCCAGUGUCGCAUCUGCAUGCGCAGUUUCAGCCGCAGCGACCACCUGACCACUCACAUCCGCACCCACACGGGGGAGAAACCCUUCGCCUGCGCCGAGUGUGGGCGCAAAUUCGCCCGUAGUGACGAGCGCAAGCGGCACACCAAGAUCCAUCAAAGGCACCGGGACCGCAAUACCAUCCCCGGUCCCCCCGCCUCUGCCACACCUCCCAUCUCCUCCUCGACUUGCUCCUCUUCCUACUCUUCGCCCGCUCACAGCUCCUCUUCACCCACACCUUCCAUAUUUAACCCGUCCUCCUUACCGAGCUACCAAUCAGAGCAUGCGCCCAGCAUCGCUUCACUUCACAACAUAUGCUAAGUCGGACAUCAGCCUGGUCAAUUUGUUCACUGAGCACAAACAGGACAAGUAAAACAGGACUUCAAAACAAAACCCAGGAAUUCACCAGGCUGUUUGGGACCUAUAAAUUAUCAACAAAUUGCAAAAUUUGUUGAGUUUUCCUAUUUGUUGAAUUCCUCAAGAACUGUGAUUAAUAUGAUCAAUGAUCAUCACAACGAUUCCAAUAGAUGCAAAGAACUCAAACCAGCAACAGUUCAUUCAACAAAUGCCCCAAACAAACACCUUGUGAACUGAACUGAAUGUAAAUAAAUAUAUAUUUUAUAUAUACAUAGAUAUACAUACUUGAAUAUUUUUGUACAGAUUUUUAUUUUGUUUACCUACUGUGUAGGUUUGUAUGUUCAAAUGCAUUUGAUACCAGAUGUAUUUUCCUCUGAACAGAACAAAGAAUAAAAAUGUGGAGUGCCAAAACAAUG